AUGUCCGGGAAUGCGACCAAGACCCUGGGGAAAGGAUGCGCCCCCCCAGGGAGGGUCCCCGAGGGCACGAUGCGCCUCUACAGCAUGAGGUUUUGCCCCUACUCUCACAGAACCCGCCUAGUUCUCCAGGCCAAAGGAAUCAAAUGCCAAGUUGUCAACAUUAAUCUGAGAAGCAAGCCUGAAUGGUUCUAUACAAAGCAUCCCUUUGGCCAAAUACCAGUCCUGGAGAACAGCAAGUGUCAACUGAUCUAUGAAUCUGUCAUCAUUUGUGAGUACCUGGAUGACGUAUACCCCGAAAAGAAGCUGUUUCCAUGUGACCCUUACGAGCGAGCUCGCCAAAAGAUGUUAUUGGAGCUAUUCUGUAAGGUCCCAUAUUUGACCAAGGAGUGUCUGAUAGCAAUGAGAUACAGGAGAGAAUGCUCGGACCUGAAGGCGGCCCUGCGUCAGGAAUUCUGCAACCUGGAAGAGAUUCUUUGCUAUCAGAAGACCUCCUUCUUUGGUGGGAACUGCAUAUCCAUGAUCGAUUACCUCCUUUGGCCCUGGUUUGAGCGGCUGGAUGUAUACGGGGUAGCUGACUGUGUGGACCACACCCCAACACUUAAGCUCUGGAUGGCAGCCAUGAAGCAGGACCCCGCAGUAUGUGCUCUUCUCAUAGACAGGAGCACUUUCCUGGGCUUCUUGAAUCUCUAUUUUCAGAACAGCCCUGAUGCCUUUGACUAUGGGUUAACUUGUUGAGCCUCACAGCCCACCCCUUCACCAUCCAAAGUUCCCAAGCAUGUUGCGAUUCUGUGUUGGGGACUGUCUUAGGGGUCCGUCAAUCUCUGUUCAUUUUCUUUGAGGUUCCCAAUAAAAAUGGAAACAGGAAAUAUAUUCUUUCUGAUAAUCAUUUGUCUGACUCCUCCAGCACGUAGUUUCUGAAGAUUCUUUAGAAAGUGCGCAGUGCUAAUCUGAGCACAUUUUGGGAGCCCUUCAUCCCAGUUUGUCCUCCAGAUUAUUGGUGCUGGCGGUGAUGCUACGGUUCAGGGCCUACCUCUUGACGUUCGUCACUAUAUACUGGCACCCUACGGAGACCCCCCUUGUGAAAUAAAGGCUAUAGAAGAUGGUGAAGGAAGAAGAAAACACUCUAAUUCCAAAUGUUCUCCAUUUGGCAAAUGAAAGCUGCUGUCCGCGUGGGUGUAUGAUUUUCAUCCUCAUUCAAACUUUGGCCGUGUGCCUGGGAGACACCAAGGGUCUUAUGACUGGAAAGAAUUCCAAAGCAGGAAAUGAAACACCAGUUUAUCACCCUGGAUGGAAUACGUCAGAAUUUGACUGGUGCUGUCAGGGCUCAGGAUGUUUCACAAAAUGUUCUGUAGCUGACAUCCUGCUUUAAAAAAAAUACAUGCCCCCAGCCCAGUGAGGGGCAAAGGUCACUCUGUUGGAUUUGCAUC